GUUCUUUCUUGGUUUUUAAUAAUCAACCUUUUUUUUCUUGUCAUCUCACGUUUGCUUUCAGCUUAAGAUUUUCUUCCUAAUUGUUCAGCAAGUUCAAAGAGUUCAUCAAGAUUCGUGAUCAUCAAGCAUUUGACAGGUUUAUGAUCAUGAUCGAGUGCACAAACUGAUCAUUUACACAGAUUGAAAAAAUAGUGCAUACUUUCUUAAAGCCCCAUCCGAUCUCCACUGAAUCUGUUUCCGAGAGUACCCUCAAGAAAAAGAACCUUGUGUCGAUCCAUUUGUCCUAUACUGUUUUGAUGAAAAUCAUGGAUGCUUUUGCUUCCUGUUUGUUUUGACGGACAGAGGCAUAAUUUCGCAGUUGUCGUAUUUUAGUUCUAACAAAUGAGGAUAUCAAACAAAAUUUCAACUCUUUUCGGAAUUCGAUUUUGGCUUCUAAGCCUUGCAGGUGCUCUAAUGUUUUUAGUAAUGUGGACGCAACUGUGUGAAAUUAAUGAUAGAUUUCCUAGUACAAGUUUUCAGCUGCCUGUAAGAGUUCCCAGAAAAGGCCCUGAUGAUCCGCCAAUCCUAGCUUAUUGGAUAUUUGGCUCAAAAGGAGACAGUAAAAGAAUCUUGAGGCUAUUAAAGGCAGUUUAUCAUCCAAGAAAUCAGUACCUUCUACACCUUGAUGCUACUUCGUCCGACCAAGAAAUGACCGCAUUAGCCCUUUCCGUGCACUUGGAAAAGGUAUUUCGCGUAUUUGGAAAUGUUAACGUUGUAGGAAAACGUUAUCAGAUCGACCCAAUGGGGGUGUCUUCCCUUGCUGCGAUGAUUCAUGCUGGGGCUUUGCUUCUUAAACUGGACAGAAAUUGGGACUGGUUCACUACAUUAAGCACCUCAGACUAUCCACUUUUCAGUCAAGAUGAUAUCCUCUAUGCUUUGAAGUUCUUGCCUAGAGAUCUCAAUUUUGUGCACUACAAAAACAGCAAUACCUGGAAGAAGAGGCAUAAUGCUGGCCGGAUUGUUGUAGACAGCAAUCUCUAUCUUAAAGAGAAGAGUGAUAUUCUCUAUGCUGUAGAGACUAGAGAAAUACCAGAGGCAUUUCAAAUAUUUGGAGGUUCCCCUUGGAUGAUGUUAAGCAGGGCCUUGAUAGAACAUUGUGUGAAUGGAUGGGACAAUCUUCCCAGAAAACUACUAAUGUACUUGACAAAUUCACUUUUCCCUCUCGAAUCCUAUUUCCACACAAUCCUCUGCAACACACCCGAAUUUCAAAACACGACUAUUAACACUGAUUUAAGGUACAUUGUUAAGGACAUUGCUAUCGAAGUCGAACAUGGUGCAAUAAACAUGUCAAGUUAUGAUGAGUUGUCUAGGCAAGCAAUUUUUGCUAGGCCAUUGAGAGAAAAUGAUCCAAUGAUGUUAGAAAUUGACAACUACGUUCUAAAGCGUCCUCAAAAAGGAGUAGUGCCAGGAAAAUGGUGCAAGCGCAGAAGAAUGAACGAUAGCACAAGAGUUCAAAAGGCCUAUGGAGUUUUGUGCCCGACCUGGGGAGACAUCGAUGUUAUUAGCAAAAGAAUUCAAGGUAUUAAGCUUCGAAAAUUACAAAUUGUUUAUCGGUUACAAAUAGGCGUGGGCAAAAAAUCCAAAAAAUCGAUGAAAACCGGUCAAAUCAAAUUAGCUCCGGACCAUGGCACCCUUAUCGUUGCUACCACCACCAACAGCGCCACCACCUUCACUAGAUCGUGCAUAACCACCACCACACAACAAAUUUCGACACCAUCAUCAAUGCCUGAUGGCGACAUCACCAAACACCCCCGUACCAGAACAUGA